CUUUCCUCCUGCUGCUGUCCAUCAAAGCUUCAGUCCAAGAUGGCGGCUCCACAGCACUGGGCUCUACUUCUCGCAGUGUGUGCCGCCAGCUCCGUUGUGGCUCAGGCUUUGAGGACUGCCCCCAUUGGCCAGUUCUUUGUGUUUGAGAUCCAGAGAGAGGUGUACCAGGCCGACUUCCACCCCGUCAGCAAGAUCUAUGGGUCAGUACCAAAUGACCCUAUUGAGUUUAAGUGCAAUAAGCAGUUCUCCCCCGACCUGCCGGCCUGGCUACGCUUCAAGCAGAGAAAUCCCUAUGACAACGGCUUCCUGUACGGGACGCCCACCGAGGACGACAAGGGCAAAAACGUCAUCGAGAUAACAGUGAUUAACAGACGCAGUUAUGAAACCUUUGAAGAUUCUGAGAUCAUCAAUGUGAUUCCACGAGCCAAGCUGAUGCCCUUCCAGGCCGAGUUCUUCAUCCCCCGCAGAGACAUAGAGAAGGUGCUGCCCCCUAGUGUUCAGUAUGACAUCAAGCAGGACGUGCAGAAGAUGUGGGGCGUGGACGACCUGGAGUUUGUCAACAUCACCUCGGCUCUGGACCGCGGAGGCCUGGUACCUCUGCCCCUGGCCGGACACUUUGAGGGUGUGUAUGUGAAGCUGGGCUCUGAAACAUACUUCUCAAAGUGUCUGCUGGGCGUGGGGACAACACAGCACGUGCGCGAGUGCGAUGCCCUGGACAAGAUGCCUGGCCACACCUUUGCCAAAGUCACCAGCGACUGUAGCAAGUGCACCGUGGCCAGCAACUGUGUGCAGUGGUGCCGCUCCACCCUGAUUGAUCUCUCCAACCCAGAGCCUCCUCCGCCUGUACCCACAGUGGGCUCGGGCAUCCUGGAGAGCGGGGGUGACUUUGAUCCGCCCGAGUCCCUCCCGCCGCGUGACUUCUUCCCCGACUACAUCGCCACGGUGCUCUUCCCCUUCGCGCUGGCCCUCCUCCUCUUCCUGCUCCUGGCCUACAUCAUGUGCUGCAGGAGGGAAGGCCUGGAUAAACGGGAUGCCAUGACACCUGAUCUGCAGUUGUACCACCACCACACCAUCGUGGGCAACACGUGUGAGCUGCGGGACCUGGCGGAGACCAGAGAGGGCAUGCCGCCUCCCCUGUCCACCGUGCCCAUGUUCAGCACCCGCACUGGGGAGAGCGCGCCGCCAUACUCCGACAGCAUCCCCCUCAUCAUGGCCCAGCAGGAACCCAAUGUGGACACUUUCCCCAGGAAAUAAGAGCACAAUAGAGAUUUACAAUGGACAUGGUUUGCAGUGGAUUGACAGACGAUUAGCAUUAGCAAUGUUGAUGUGAGAUGUGCAUAGACUUCAACUAUAUUGAUUUGUCAUGAGUAAAAUGUGCCUUUGUAAUGUGUGUGGAACACUUGAGAUAAUGUUAUGUAUAUAAUCAAGUCAAAAAAAUAUGCUGACAUUUUAGCUAAAGACCUUUUCCACCACUGUGUAAACUCAGUGAUAACCAUUUGCCUCACGUGUUUUUAUUUUUUUUUACCCUCUGGUCUGAGAGAAUGCACUUUUGUAAAGACCAUACUGAUGACCGGAUCACAGUUACACAGGGUUUUUUUUUUUUGUUAACAAUUAUUAUUAUUAUUAUUAUUAUUAUUAUUAUUAUUAUUAUUAUUAUUAUUAUUAUAUUAAACUUCAACAUUGUCUUGAGGCUUUCACCUCUAGGUAGGCCUACCAUUAUUGCUUUUGGAGCUGCACAGAUGAUUCUCUUCUGAACAAUAAACAUUUAAAUUUACAAAUCUGAAGAAACAUUUAACCACCUUGAAAACACUUCAGUGAGAAAGGCUAAAAUAAUAUAGGCCUAUUUGUUGUUGAUUUUUUGUUUGUUUUUCACUUUUUUAUUUAGGCCUAUCUACGUAUUUAAAAAACUGGGCAAAAGCUUUGAA